AUGGACAUACCAUUCUAUCAGAGUGUGACUGUCACAGUCCCCAACGUUCUGCCCGAGGUGACCACCGAGCGGCUCAGCCUCCGACCCGUCGAGCACGAAGACGUUUUUCAUCUCUUUGUGGUUCGCCAGCAAGCCGAACUAUUUAACUAUCCCUGGUUCCCUGACAAAAAAAUCGAAGAUACCAUCGUCUUCUUAGAGGGUCGAUUCUUCACCAAUGGACCAGAACGCAUCCGGGGUCGCUCUUUCUUUUACGUGUUGAGAAUCAAACCGACCGGUUCUAACCCCAACGCCAGUCCAGUUAUUGGUUGGGUCUCGCUGCUCAGUAUCGCCCCAGUACCAGAGCUCUUUUGCGCAAUUCAUCCAAGAUGCUCUAGACUUCGCUUCAUGACGGAGGCGGUGAAAGCGGUUCUCAACGUCUGGUGGAGCUUUCCUCGGAUGAAAAACGAAUGGAGAUUGCACGUGGACGAGCCAGAAUACGUCUACGCUGCUUGUAUCACCCAUAACAUUGCUGGUGAGAAGCUGCUGAAAAAGUGCGGGUUCGAGAAAUACAGCUCAGAGGAGACGGAGAGAAAGGGAGCGAUGACAUUUCGUAUCGGCAAGGUGUUUCCAGUAACUCCAACUCGUCCAACUGGAGAGACAAUUGAGAAACCUGUCUCGUUUGAAGGGAUUUUAUGA